UGGAAUACAAGCACAGGAUAGUAUAAUUUAAGUGACUUUAGCAAGGCUGAAUGAUUCGCAUCGGUUUAAGUCCUUUCCGCAGCUUGAUAUUAGUCAAAUUUACAAAUGCCUUAUUCAUGUUACAAGUUUUAAGCACGUAUCAGUUGCACUUUUUUGGGUGACCUUUCACUUAAUGUGGCGCUGUGGAAUUCCUCAAGGCUUGAAAUAUUCCUGCUUAGAAAUGAGAUCAUGAAAGGUUCUUAAGCAGAGCCAACAAAACGGGUCAACCAAGAAUAAUGAUGCGGUCUUCUGGAAGUUACUAUUAGCACAGUGAGGGUUAUAGAUAAAAGAAGUGGGCAAAGGUUCCCGAGAACUUUUCAGAAACAAGAACAAAUGUCAGUCUGAAAGUGAACGUGAAUGCAAUCCAUCGAGGAGUGUGUACGCUGUGGUGGAAGUGACAAAAGGUGGCUUAUUACCGUGGUUGACAACAGCAGUUCCUCAGGAGUUUUCAGGGAAAUUUGUAAAUGAAAGGUCACCCUCUUGUAUAAAAGAGUGAGCGGACAAUUGCCUUUAUUGCCAGUGGCAUCGAAGACAAGAUGAAUUUCAUUGACUACAUCCUUAUGUGUGCAUUUCUUCAUGUGGGCUAUCAAAACCCUCUGAGCUCCUGGACUCUCCAACCUAACGUUUUGGUUGUGAAAGUCAACGGAUCGCCGAGUCAACAAGCCCUCAAGUGCCUGCACUCGGCAGAGGGAUUAACGAAUGGCGAUGACAAGGAUAUAUUAUGGAAGAAGAACGGCAGAGAAGAGAAACAGAGGGGUAAUUCAUACCUGGUGCAGCUAGAGGAGAGUUUAGGAGGAGGCCGCUACAGCUGCUACAGCACAAACGGAUCUCUUCUCAAUCACACUGUCGUCCUUAUUCAAGAGGACACCACCAGAAGGAAGAUUCUGAUGAAAACUGACCAGGAGGAGUAUUUAAAGUGCUCAACCCAAAAUUUCGAGGGAGCAUUCCGAUGCUCUUGGACUUGGCACAGGACCCGCUUUGGAAAAGUAGCGCUGAUCAGAGCAGGACGAGGCAGAGAUGUUGAGUGUUCUGUGGACGCCAGUGGUCAACGAUGGACGUGCUCCUCUGGUCAAGGUCAAAUCAGCUGCUCGGUGGACGGCACCGGAGAUGGGAUCUCCUGUGUGGACAAGCGCCACUGCGCAUUUGCAGAGGAGAAACACCGUAUCUUCUUGACGGUCUACGUUAAGACGGAGCAUUUCCUGGUGGAGAGCUACUCCAAACACUUCUACUUGUCUGAAAUUGUGAAGCCUGACAAAGUGAAGAUCAGGAGAGUCAACACAUCGAUGAUAGAAGUGACUUACCCGAGUUCCUGGAGCAGUCCUUCCUCUUACUUCCCCCUCACUUUCCAGGUUUCACAGAGCACACGCGGGUGUAAAAACUGUGACAACCCCUGCGAAAACCCAACCGCUGCGGAGACUGUGAUGGUGAACUCCUCAAGCCAUUGUCGAUUUGAGGUCAAGUCCGAGUUUAAGACUGUCUGUGUCCGAGCUAAGGAUGCCCUCUACAACUCGCAAUGGAGUGACUGGAGCCACCUCAGCACAGACUGAGAAAGAAGCGAAAAAACAAACAGAAGAAUCAUACCAGCUGACAACAUAUGCAGGUGAUGAGAAGGAGCAUCUGGGCAUCUGUAGGACCAGUAUUUAUUAUAUCCUAUAUUGUUUUUUGUUUUUUGUUUGGGCGGGGGGGGGAAUAAAAUGCUUGCUUGUAUGUGUAAUGGAAAGUAGUUUUCCGCAUGAAUGCUGAAGCAGUUCUGCACCUUAGUGAUAAAAGUAGUUCAUAUCUGUAUCGGAAAUCAACUUGCAUCAUUGAAAUGACCUCAAAUGCCAUUGAUCCAUUCCAGCCUCCCAAAAACAGCAACAACAACAAAAAAUGUAAUUUGUUUUUAAUGAGAAAAACAGCACUGUGACGUUGUACUUCUAUUGACCCAGCAUGAGACUUGUUUUUGUGUUUUACCCGUAUAUUGUAUAAUGCUUUUAUGUUAUUAAUUUAUUGCUUUGUAUGGAGUGAUGGUCGUUUUUAAAUGAUCUACAAAUAAAGUUGAGUUGAGAAUAGCCUGAAUGAACAUUUUUUUUUUUUAAGCACAGUCAUUCGGACAAUUUUCUGUUGUA